UCAAGUCCAUAACUCUUAAUUCUUCGCAGCGGCCACGGUGGUCCACACAACAGAAGACUUCUCCAGAGAGCAAGGUGAACGGGACUGGGUGAUUAUAAAGGGACGUCCUGCUGGAUUUGAUAUGAAGAUCCUGUGUCAUGUAAUAUUCCUGCUCAUGCUUGGAGGCAUUUUUGGUCAGAACAAUCGAAAUGCCAAACCAGGCGGCAGAGCAGCUAAAAAACCCAGCAGCCCAACUGCAGAGGUCGGACCAGACGAUGACUCUGUACCAAGUUCUGGCAAAGACACACGUGCAGGGAACCAGCAGGCAGUGUCUGCUAACAAGGCGGCCGAUGACAUGAAGCUGCACCUUCUGAAGAACACUCCAGCCACGUGCAACGACGGCACUGCGGCUGGGUUUUACCUAAAGGAGUUCAAAGGAAGCAAGAGGUGGCUGAUAUUUUUGGAGGGUGGUUGGUGCUGUUACAACAAAGAGACCUGUGAUUCCAGAUAUAAAAAUAUCCCUCGCCUGAUGAGCUCAACCGACUGGCCACAGACACGCAAAGGAACUGGACUCCUGUCUUCACAAGCUGAUGAAAAUCCACACUGGUACAAUGCCAACAUUGUGUUUGUCCCCUACUGCUCCAGUGACGUGUGGAGUGGUAACAAACCAGCAGCACAGACCAAACAGGCGAAAGAAACAGAGUACUCCUUCAUGGGAUCUGUGAUCAUUCGGGAGCUGAUCAAAGACCUUGUAACAAAAGGACUGAAACAGGCCAAAGUGGUGAUACUGGCUGGAACAAGUGCUGGAGGUACAGGUGUAUUGCUGAACAUCGACAAGGUGGCCGGUCAGCUGGAGCAGCUCGGUGCAGAUGUGCAGGUUCGAGGCUUGGUUGAUUCCGGAUGGUUUCUGCAGAGCAAGCAGCAAAAGACCCCAGAGUGUCCAGAUAGUCUUUCUUGCACUCCAGUUGAUGCGAUCAAGAAGGGGUUACGAAUGUGGAAUGGAGUUAUUCCAGAGAAGUGUAAGCAGCACUACAAGCGAGGCGAGGAGUGGCAAUGCUUUUUUGGACACAAGCUGUACUCCUUUUUGAGCUCUCCACUGUUUGUGGUUCAGUGGCUCUUUGAUGAGGAACAAUUGCGUGUGGAGAACAUUUACGUUGGGGGACAGUCUCUUUCCGAGCAGCAGUGGACCUACAUGCAGAAUCUUGGGAAAGAAAUGAAAAACUCUCUCAAAGAUGUCACCGCUGUGUUCGCCCCGUCCUGCCUGUCCCACACACUGAUCACUAAAAGUAAGUGGAUGGACUUCCAAGUGAAGGGCACGUCUCUAUCUCGUGCUCUCCAGUGCUGGGACAGAAGCCUACAGGAGGCCAACAAGAACAGCAAGACGGCCCUCAAAGGCUGCCCCUUCCACCUGAUCGAUACGUGCCAGUGGCCUCAGUGCAACCCGACAUGUCCGGCGCUGAUCGACCAGGCCACGCAGCAAGAGAUGACCCUAAUCCAGGUGCUGGCUAGCAUGGGUGUGGCUCUGCAGAAGCUUGGUCUGGAUACACAGCGUGACAGCAGUGCUUCCUCCAGCAUGAUUAGCAAUGGUGGCUAAGGCAUGAUAGUUGAGUGAUAAUAGAGUUUGCUCAGUGGCCAUCCUUAGAGUCACUCUUUUGUGUUCCAGAGAGGUUGAGAUCUUUGAGCUGUGAGUAUUUGGAUUUGGAUUUCUGUGCCAAAUGUGUGCAAGUAGGAUGGAUUUUUUUGGAAGUUUGGACGUCAAGCAUGAGUUAUGAUUAUGUAUCUCGUCACAGUUAAUCCAUAGUUAACCUGUAACUCGUGUAUGAGGAGAUUAGAUUGAAGGGUUGUUGUCGUUUUUUUUUUAAUUGCACCCGAACUGCUUUAUUCAAACAAGACACCUCUGUACAGGAAAUGCCUUGCCUCAAGGGAGAGCCUGAGAUGACAAUACGAGUCUAGAAGGUCUUUGCAUACUGGAUUUAAUAGUAUAGCCCACACUCCUAAAAACAACACUAAUCAGUACUCCAUACUUUACCCAAAGUGCAUGACAUGUUCAGGGUUGGGAGCUCCUACUGGUCACCUGAUAGUCAAACAGAAAUGAUAUACGUAAAGGUUACCUAUUUAUUAUCUUUUGUCAUAGUUGAGAAGAGUGUGAUAUCCUUUCAGUUAUGAAUAUUUACUGGUA